GAAAGCUGGAAAACAAACCAACUCAAACCACCUAUCGCGCACUGGCUUUCCAUUUCUAAGGCAGUCCAGCUGCGUAAUGUCCUAGAUGCGCCUCAGUUACUUCGUCUCUCACUCCGUAAUUAGUGUCCGAGGCAAAUUCCUGCCAGCCUUUCCCCUGGGCGUGCAACGCAUUUGGGCUCAGACCCUGCCACGCUCUCAAUGCUGACUCGGUGGAAAGCUGGGAGAGAAGCUCUCUCUUGAAGUGAGAUUCGUUGUUCUGUUGAAAGCAUCCAAGAUCUGAUCAUAUUAAGGAACCGCCUCCUGCCCCCCUCUUAAAGUCACAAAGCCAUAAUAUUUUGCCUUUCAGUUUCCCCCUCGUGGCGUGCUGUGCUUAUCUAAACUCCCACCCACCGGAGGCUGGAUGCAAUUUCAACACAUUGCUGCCAAUUAAAUGCAGCAUUUCAAAAAUGUUUGUAUUUAGCAACAGAAAGCCAGUGACCAGCUCCUUGGCAGUCCAGGCAGGCACUGUUAAGGGCUAAAGAACUUAAACUUCCUGAAAUUGUUGAAUAGAAGCGGAGCGGACUUUUCUUCUUCCCCCAAGAGCUGGAAAGUGACUAACAGUUCAAGGAAGGCUCCAAAGCCGAGAGAGAUCAGCAGCACACUUCCUUUAGGGGACUCCCUCGACUUUCCCUCUCCCCCAUUUGUCUCUCCGGGGAGGAGCCAGCGAAAGGCACAUUGUAAAAAUAAAAACUGGACCGGAGCCAGCAAGUGUAAAAUUCUAAGUGGUAUUGGUCAGAUCGUGGCGGAUAAAGUAGAAACUCCUUCACUUCGUGAUGUGAAAAGUCUCAGGAGAGAGCUGAAACAUUUCUAGCAGCGGUGGGUUGUUUCAUCUCAUUUCCUUCUCCAAAAUCCGCGAUGCAGCCCUAACUUAACAUAAAAAGGGGGCUGAACCCUUGGAUUUGAAGGAAGGAGGCCCAGUUUAUGCCAGUGAAAUCACAACCUUGAUACCUUCCUUAGUUUGACCUUCAAGAGGAGAAGACUUCUGGCCCCCUUGACACCUUUCAGUCCAUCUGAAUCUAUGACUGGGGGUUCCACCCUAGCCCCCCCACCCUUUGCUGUCCCAUUCCAGAAAAUGGGUUCAUUUCGAAGGCCCAGGCCUCGCUUCAUGAGCUCUCCGGUGCUCAGUGACUUGCCACGUUUUCAAGCAGCACGACAGGCUUUGCAGCUUAGCUCCAACUCUGCGUGGAACAGUGUUCAAACAGCAGUGAUAAAUGUGUUCAAAGGGGGAGGCUUGCAAAACAAUGAACUUUACACCCUCAACGAAAACAUCAGACGUUUGCUGAAAAGUGAACUUGGAUCCUUCAUCACAGAUUAUUUCCAGAACCAGCUCCUUGCGAAGGGCUUGCUGUUCAUAGAGGAGAAGGUUAAGCUGUGCGAAGGUGAGGAUCGCAUUGAUAUCCUGUCUGAAAUCUGGGAUCACUUCUUCACAGAGACCCUUCCCACACUCCAGGCGAUAUUCUACCCUGUCCAGGGUCAGGAAUUAACUAUCCGCCAGAUUGCCCUGCUCGGCUUCAGAGACUUGGUCUUAUUAAAGCUGAAGUUGGAAGAGAUUCUUCCUCUAGUCCAAACAAAGCUCCCAGCUUCCAUUGUCCAGAUGCUGCUGGUUCUACAGGGUGUCCAUGAACCUACAGGCCCCAGCAAGGGCUACGUAUUGCUGGAAGAGCUGGUCAAACAAGUGGUCUCUCCAUACCUGGGCUUGUGUGAGGAUCACAGCUUCCCUGGCGGCACCUGUGCACUCGAGAGACGGUAUUCCAGAUCUCGUCCCAAGGCAAACCUGCUGAGCUACUCUUCCCAUAGCGUGACGGUUCGGCAGCCCAGCGAGACGGCCCUGACGCCACUGACGGAGCAGGAGGGUGAGGCUUACUUGGAGAAAUGUGGCAGCAUCCGUCGCCACACUGUUGCCAAUGCUCACUCGGAUAUCCAGCUCCUGGCCAUGGCCUCCAUGAUGCACACAGGGAUCGUGAUAGAAGAGCCAGACAACAGUGACAAAUGCCUCCUCCUGCAGCCCAGCUUCAGUCACAGGCAAUGCUCCAGUGAGCCCAGUAUUGCUGAUGGGCCGGAGGGACUGGUAGCAACGGGCAGGCAGGAACCUACGGAACUGAACUGCACCUCCGUCAGCUAGAAAGGAUGUCCCCUCCAGGAGAGAGAACCAUGUGUACUAAACCAGACGAUGGGCAGUUGUGUUCCUGCUGGGAACGGUGGAGAAUAUGAGCCUUGGGAAUGUAUUUGCUCAUGUUGUGGGAGUGGUCUAUGUUCUCAUGUCUCUUGGGAAAGGCACCUUAGAUUUUUAUCUCUGACUUUCUAGGAUCAUUGUCAGUGGAGGUACCAGGCUGCUCCCAGCAGAGCAUUCAGGACUGCAAGGGUUUCAGUGUUAAAUGCCACUGUCUCUGUAUUCUGUAGAGUUUCUUCCUGAGCUGCUCAACAUCCAAGUUCCACUGCUGUAGCCUCAGGUUCCCUCCCUUUUCUUUUUAGUGAAAGAAAUUAAUCUGAACGUUUUUCAAUCUCAUGCCUAACUCCUUGGUCUCAUUAAAUGGAGCCCUCCUCCAACUCCCAGCAGCAAUUGGAGAGACUGUGCUAAAAGCUCACUUGGUCCUUGCCCUCUGUUGCUAGGAUGGUGAUGCCCUGGGGUUGGGUUUUUCUUUUAAAUGUAUUGUACUCAGGGAUUAAACUUUGCGAGUCUUGUGGAGAACUCUGCCCCAGAUGCUUUGUAGUUUCUGAGGGUGGGGGAGGGAUUUCCUUUCUUCUUUGCUCCCACUGCAUAAAAGGGGAGAGACUUCAUCUGACUUAGCAAGAAGCCCAAAUCAGAGUGAGCUAAAGCUCUGAAUGUUUUUUCCUCUGAGAGUGUUGCCUGUCCAUGUUCAGCCCCAGUGUGCACUCCCCCUUUGAGGUCAGUGGAGUCUUAUGGGGAGUAAAUAAGGGUAGGAUUUGGUCCCACGUGCCCUACUUGGACUUUGGCAUCAGGCAUGCUGUCAAAAAUGUUAGCAUUAUCAGGAUUCCACCAUAAGGAGAAACCUGGACAGCUGGCUUCCAAGAGAAAAGGGGCAAUACGGUAACUGGGGGUAUGCUCCUGCAUUCGAAAGGUGACUUUGAAAGUGGCUUUUUGAGCCCAGGCAUCCAUGGGUCCAACCCCGGAGCUAACAUGGGGGAAAUCAGCUUUGGAUUGGUGCCUGAACUUCUAGCUCUUACAGAAUUUAUGAAAUCAAAAAUAACCGUCUGGGUUAGAGACAGGAACUCUAGCUCUGUUUGCAGCUAGGUUUGGUUUUUUUUUUAUUUUUUUUUAUUUGGAAAGCUACAACUUGUCCAGUUCUUAAGCAAUGUUAGUGUCUGUCUGACAGUGGCAUACAGUGAAUUCCACUCUGACUGCUACAGAGGGACCGAUAGGUACUCCAGAAGCUGCUCCCAUAAGAGUGGAGUCAACCUGCUCCACAAAUCCCCCUAGAUAUUCUGCUGAUGUCUUGCUAAACAGAAUUGUAAGUGUAAUUACAAGCUGCUUUGAAUUUCAGACUCCAUUUAAAAAGGAGACACCUCCCCAUCAUCUCUCAGAGUGUUGCCUGCCCAUGUUCAGCCCCGAUGUGCACCCCCACUGAUGUCCCCAAGGUCAUCAACAUGCACAUGUAGAUGACAAAUAAAUCCGUGAUUGGAAAGGUUUUCUCUACCUGCCAGGACCUGAAUUCAGGUCUCUGUAUUUCUCAUGCUAUAGGUAAUGACUUUGUGUAAGGUCGGCUUUUGCAAGGCAGUGAGCAAAGCUCCAUUCCCAUUGACUUCAAUGAAAGUGGAGGUUGCUGGGCAUCUCUCAGGAUUGGGCCUCAAUCGCCCGAGCAAUGUCAGGAGUAGAGAUUCUUCCGAGGCUGCUGUUAGCAUCAGAAAUACCAGGGAGGAGCCCUGAGCUCUGGAGCUCUUUGCAGCGCCUGUGGUUGGUAACUGUCGGUCUACAAAUGCAUUUGGCAAGGGCCUGCUCCUGCCCCUGGUCAAGCUGCCUGGAGUUUCGCUGUCUGCUUUAGCAGAAGUGCACUGAUCUGGGAUUGCAACCAACUGUUUGGACUUUAAAACCCUGGUCUACCAUUAUGUUCAAGCCUCCCAAGGAGGAGCAGCACAGAAUGUGCAGCCCAGCAGGAGGAGGGGCCACUUUUGCUCUACCUGGAUUCCCCGCCUGGCCAUUAUUUGGCAUGCCCCCUACAUUAAGGCUUUCAAGGUGGGGUGCAGGAUUGGUCUCAUUAUGUUGGCCCUACACUGCUCCUGCACCAAGAUUAUUAUUCUCUGGCCACUUGUGGUACUUUUAUGGCUCUAUUGGAUACCAGUGACGGGAUGUGGUGCGGGGAAGAUAAUCUCUCCAUAGUAUUUCAGUUCAACCUCUUCCCCCUAUUUAGUAAAUAGCAGGAACGUGCUUCAAUAGUGAGUACGAGCUUCUUUUUAUGACUAAACAAUGAGAAAUGGCUGUUCGUUUCCUGACAUACUCUGGGAUCAUCAUCCAUUUCCCUCUCUGGGAAGGGGAGUCUCUGAGGAGUAUAGGACUCCAUGCCUGGUAUUAACUUGAAUUUCUUUUUUAUCUAGCUCUAUCCACUUGUUUGACUUUUUAAAAUUUGUGUGGGUCUGCUACUUUGCAAAAAUUUGUACCAAGACGGUCUGAGUUGGGCACGUCCCACGUUUGAUUUUGGCAGGGGAGGGAAGGGUAAAGCUGGUGGUUCCAUUUUGUAAACAACGUGCGAGGCUCAAGGAAAGCCAGCGAGGGUGUUUAGAAAUGAGGUGGGAAAGGUGAUGCUUACUGGGCCACCAAAUGAACAUAUAAGGUGCACAAGCUUUUGGAAGCACAAAGAGGCUUGGUCUCCUGUGCGCAGCUAAUGCAAACUAGUUUUGUAGAAGGUGAGUAGCCUGCCUGCUGUGACUUGCAUGAUAGGCGAGAGGAAGGGGUUGCAUUGAAGGGCAGGACACUGCUGAGUGCUAGGGCAUGGUUGCACCAUAUUUGCCCAGUGGAUGGCAACAGGCUAGGAGCUCUAGGAGUAAAAGGAGCCAAUGACAACAGUGAUCCCUGCUGCUCAAUAGAAAAUAUGACCUGUGGAAGGUUUCUAGCAUGCAGUGAUCUAUCUUGAUUUAAACAGCCAGACAGGGCUGCUUUGAUAUUGGUCCAAGGCAGGUCCUAGACCUCCUAUCUACAUGCCUUCUUGCAUUGCUAUGGACAGAAGGGAAGGUGGGUGGGAGGGGUUCAACUCCCCUGUAUCCUGCCAUUUGAUGCAAACCUCUGUAAGCUGCCAACAAGUGAUGAAAUGAUUCCCCUCCUACCCCCCAAGGUUGUACAGUACCUUCUUAUUGGAUUAACAGAGAGAGUAAGUCACUUCCCACCUCAAUUGCUCUGUCUUACUCCUACCGGAUUCAAGACCACGUGGACAAGUGGUUUGUUAUCACAUCCAUGUGUCCAUACAGUUUUGCUGUAGUCUGUGAUGCAGAUUUACUUAAGGGUCCAGAUUGAAACCUAAAUUUUAGUAAAACUUCUCAUUUUUCUACCACUCUCAUGGGUCAAAUGGUAUGGUUUUGUCACUAGCAAGUUUAGUCUCCUCCAGUCCACUACUGGGAUGGGCAGCAACCUGCUUUUAUAUUUUAAUUCUCAGUCCAAACACAGGCAGUAAAUCCUGUUGCUAUUAAAACUUGGUUGUCCCUGACAGCACAUGAAUUGCAGCUGGGUUUGGAAAGACCUUCAUGUAGUACUUUUUCUUUAGGUUUCCACCCUCCCCAAUCUUAUUGUUGGGGUUCCCUUGGGAGUAAAAUUGUUGAAGCCUGCAACUCUAUGUUGAACCUACAGUGGUUUUGGUCCGCAUACUAUGUCUAAGAUUUCCAAAGGGUUCUGAACCUCCAUUUGAAAUUUUUUAGGGACCCGCAACUGAAAAAAGCUUGAAAACCACUGCUGUAGUCUGAAAACUCUCAUUUUAUGGAUUGCUUGUACAUUGACAACCUUCUUACUCACUACACGUUGUUUUACACUAGCCAUGUGUGUCUACUUUUGCUCAUAAAGUUCAAUUUUUAUACGGAAUUGUUUUUGAACCAUACAGUUCUACUGCAGCCCCAAGGGAACUUGUACUUCCAGCUCCACUGCCUGCCAGCCUGUGUUAUCUUUUCAACACGUGGGGUGUAGUCCUGACCCUAUUGCAGCCAUUGACAAAACUCCCAUUGACCUCAGUGGAAUGAGGCGUUCACCCUCUGGGGUUAGAACGAAACUUAACCUAGAGCAGCAGGCCGUUACCAUGGCCCUGCUCUGGACCACCUAAAGCUGACCUGCAAAGGACACAAAUUGGCCUUUCUGGUAGGAAGACUGCCUAAAGGGCUCAUUGUUUAUGGGCUGGUGCUGUACAAGACAGAGUCAGCCCUCCUGAUGCAAGAUGCAUUGGAAGAGCCAGAGAUCAGCUGGUGUAAAUCACCAUAGUGCUGUUGAAAUGAGUGCUAGCCUGACUCAUAGGAGCUGAGGAUCUGGCCUUUUUCAUCCAGUUGCCCUCUCCACACUCCUUCAAGGGGAGGAUAACAUCUCUGGGGCUAGGGUUUGUGUUUGUCAGGCACCCUCCCUCUCCCCACUUUGGGAACAUCUAGUGGUUCCAUGCAGGGAGGGAUGGGAGGUGGGUUUGGGGCUAGUACUGUGCCUGGAGUGAAGGGGCCAUCAGCUGACACAACAAUCUGGCUGAAGGCCAAAGUGGAGUUGGAUUGGAACAGGAGGGUGAGGACUGUAAAUGGUGGGGAAGGUGAUUUGGAGAAGGAAGUGGGGCAACAAUGAUCCUUUUAGCCGCUGUGGCUGGGCUUGAGGCAGUAGCCAGGAGCAAAGAAAUGCACAUUUUUUUUCAUAGACUCUUUCAGCACCUGGUAUAAUCAUAUAGUUUCUGCUUGGCAAAUGUCAGCUCUCUCUGCACUCCUCUGGAAGGGCUCCAUGGGCCUUGUCAGCAGCCCUUAGCCUUGUCCCAGCUGCAAAGCCCCUUUGGGUAGCCUUCAUAAGGAGGUCCAGCUGGCUGUGCAGGCUAGAGCCUAGGAAGUGAGGGAGGAUGUGUGUGUCCCUGGUGGUGAUGAAGCAUCUACAUUGCUCCCCUCCUGCUGCUUACAUGCAACUGUCAGGGGCUCACUAGUAAAUUUUUAGCUUUACAUCCUCAUUGCAGCUGCCUCAGAGCAGUAUGAGGAAGUGCUGCCUCCGUAUUUUGGAGUUGAACUCCAGCUGUUGCUGCUGCCCAGUGUUGUUGACUCGGUCAGUGUAUGUUUGUUUGAAGCUAGAGCCAUUUUGGUAAUUGCUACUUCCUGUGAAAAACAACCUGUCAGUAGAAUUCAGGAAACUCGUGAUAGAGAGUGGAAAACAAGCCCUUUUCUAAUACAAAAUGUGUCAGGAAGGACCUGGAGGUGGUGUUAGCUGCCCAAGUCUGACACUUCCAUUGUAACUUAACUCAAAGGCACCCGCAGAGACAUGUUGCCGCUUGCAAGCAACCAAGGACCACUAUAUUCUGGGACUUUCCUAGAGGGCAGCGUGCCUGUAGCCCAUGAAGUCAAUGGAAUUUUGACUGUUCAUUCAAGAGGAGCAAAAUGAAGGGAAUGCUGAAUGCUUUUGAAGAGCUCACCCCGCUGGGCCUCCUGGGC